AUGAGGGAUUAUUGUUGCCAUGGGAACAAGUACAGCAUUGUGUCAAACAAUUUGAUAGAGGAGGAGCGCCUGAAGAUCUGCAACCUGGAUCUCCAUAACGGUCACACUUCUUCCGACGUCCACAAGGCGUGUGACACAGAACCAGGUGAAACAGACGGCAGGAGGAGAAGGAGGAGGCGGUCAGGAGCCUCCGCUGCUGUCCCCGGCACACGGGCACAAGGAGGGAUGAACAACUUCAACGGGAGGGUUCUGACAAGGGGCUCCAGCCAGGUACGGAGUCGCUUUGUAAAGAAGAACGGCCAGUGUAAUGUUGUUUUCACUAACAUGGAGGAGAAGAGGCAGCGCUACCUAGCAGACAUCUUUACCACCUGUGUGGAUAUCCGUUGGAGAUACCUGCUGUUUAUAUUCUGCACGAGCUUCAUAAUCUCCUGGCUUUUUUUUGGCAUCAUUUUCUACAGCGUCUCGCUCUCCCAUGGGGACUUUGAGGAACACCUCAUGGUGAAGGGUGAAGGGUUAGUAGUCGGUGAGUUGUAUUCAACCGACUCUGGCCACACCACAGGAGGACCGACCAAAAAAAUGCCUUGCAUCCUGCAUGUCCAGGGAUUUGUUGGUGCCCUUUUGUUUUCCAUGGAAACACAGACUACCAUCGGCUACGGUUGGCGCUGCGUUACCGAAGAGUGUCCCGUGGCUGUCAUCACAGUGGUUGUCCAGUCCAUUGUGGGCUGCAUCAUUGACUCCUUCAUGAUUGGCACCAUUAUGGCUAAAAUGGCACGACCAAAGAAGAGAAACCAGACACUCAUGUUCUCCAAAAAUGCUGUGAUUGCCCUUCGAGAUGGCAAGCUGUGUCUCAUGUGGAGGGUGGGGAACCUCCGUAAGAGCCACAUCGUGGAGGCUCACGUCCGGGCGCAACUCAUUCGAUCCUAUGUCACGGCAGAAAGUGAAUUCAUCCCAUUGGAGCAGACCGAUCUCAGUGUGGGUUACGACGAGGGCACGGACAGGUUGUUUCUAGUGUCCCCGCUGGUCAUAGUCCAUGAGAUAGACAAAGACAGCCCUUUAUACACUACAAGCCGAGCAGAUCUGGAGUCAGAUGAAUUUGAGAUUGUCGUCAUCCUGGAGGGAAUGGUGGAGGCCACUGCCAUGACCACUCAGUUCCGUAGCUCCUACCUUUCCAGAGAAAUCUUCUGGGGUCACAGAUUUGAGCCUGUCAUCUACGAGGACCGCAACUGCUACAAAGUCGACUACGCACGUUUCCACAAGACUUACGAGGUGCCGUCAACACCUCACCUCAGCGCCAAAGAACUCGAUGAAAACGGGAGAACGAUGAGUCGAGCCUCCUCUGUGGCUUCUCCCACCUCUGCUUGCAUGUCUUCAACAAGCUUAAUCCCUCGUUCGGUCAGCACUUUUUGCUACGAGAACGAAGUAGCAUUGAGCUGCGGAGAAGAAGAUGAGGAAGACAUCUUUGACUCGGCACAAAUUGUAGGCAAGGAUAGAACACAGGAGAGAAGGACUUCUGUAGACUUACAGAAUAUGUUUAAGGACACUGCCACCAUGACAUCUGGGAGUCACAAUGUCUUGUGUGUUCUGGACAUGGACAAUAACCAGAUGGAGUUUGAUAUCCUACAGACCGCCAUUCCACUUGAUCCGGUGACCUAUAAAAACGAGCCAGAGAUAUGA